CACACACUCACACCGCUGCCGUCUGCUGGUACUUAAAUGAGCGCACAGGUCGCAGAACUUCAUAUCUUCGUUCACCGAACGACUGCUGAAAGGGAAGACUCAAUAUGGACAGGAAGACAAUCGUGUGCUUGACGGUGCUGCUGCUGGUGGCGGCGCUGAGCUCGGCGUCCGCGAAGCACCUCCGCGGCCGCGGCAGAGACGUGUGCGCCUGCCCCCGCAUCUACCGCCCCCUCUGCGGCUCCGACAACAAGACCUACUCCAACGAAUGCGUCUUUGAGUGCGACAAGAGCCUGGGCCGCGCCGCCUCAGAUGUGCGAAUCCUGCACGAAGGAGGCUGUGAUGAACCCGUACCACUUAGAAGGCUUUAAAAAGAUUGGACCUGUAUCGAGCCAUUGACAUGUGACAUUAUUCCAUUCAUUUUGAGCACAUAAAAUGUCAGAAGAUUAUUUGUUUGCCGAUCAGAAGCCGUGAAACAGAAAUAAAACAUUUCAAAUAAGUCCUAACAACUUUUUAAUGAAACACUAACUUUUAUUUGUAAUUCCCUUUGAUGACCUCCACGAUAGCAAACGUUUUCUUUUUCACACGACGUCACAUUGUACAAAUUACUGCCGGGAUAAUAUGAAAGGAAGUUUAUGUCAUUAUUUAAACGUGGAAGCUAAUUUUAGCAGAUUUCUUUACAAGAGUUUAGCGUAACUGCUUCUCCCAAAUAUGUCUUAAGACCUACACACUGCUAUGAACACUUCAGACACGACAGAGGUUCUGCUACAGAUGCAUAUUACUUCAGCUGUAUUACUAAUAGUUUUAUCUUUGUGUAUACCUAUUUUAAUAAAUUGGCAUCUUACAUGAUUAAAAUAA